GUUUGGGGACUGGCUCUGAGGGAUUGGAAGAAUGCGCCUGUUUUGAAGGAUGAAGUGUUCUAGUUCUGAGGUUUUGGGGGACUUCACGUCCGAGAGGUGGAGGUGUGCCUUUUGAAGAGGUGAAGCUCUUCAUGUCUCAGCGUUUGGAGCUCUUGACUCUGAGACAAGGCAGUGGCCGGCAGGAGGAGCCUGGCAUGCCUCAUGAAUCAGCAGAGGAUUUGUUUCAUUUCAACGUUGGGGGCUGGCAUUUCUCAGUUCCCAGAAGCAAACUUGCUCAGUUUCCAGACUCCCUGCUAUGGAAAGAGGCUUCAGCCUUGACCUCUUUGGAAAGCCAGAGGCUAUUCAUCGACAGAGACGGUUCCACAUUUAGGCAUGUGCACUAUUACCUCUACACUUCCAAACUCUCCUUCUCCAGUUGUGCAGAACUGAACUUACUCUAUGAGCAAGCACUGGGUUUGCAGCUGAUGCCUUUGUUGCAGACUCUAGAUAAUCUGAAGGAAGGGAAACACCACCUACGUGUACGGCCUGCAGACAUACCUGUUGCUGAGAGAGCAUCUUUGAACUACUGGCGAACAUGGAAAUGUAUCAGCAAACCCUCAGAAUUUCCUAUAAAAAGCCCCGCCUUCACAGGCCUACAUGAUAAGGCACCUUUGGGACUCAUGGACACACCAUUGUUAGACACAGAAGAGGAAGUGCACUACUGUUUUCUGCCCCUAGACCUAGUGGCCAAGUAUCCAAGCCUGGUGACUGAAGACAAUCUGCUGUGGCUGGCUGAGACUGUGGCCCUAAUCGAGUGCGAGUGCAGCGAGUUCCGCUUCAUUGUGAAUUUUCUACGCUCACAGAAGAUUUUACUACCAGAUAAUUUCUCCAACAUAGAUGUGUUAGAAGCAGAAGUGGAAAUUCUGGAAAUCCCUGAGCUCACUGAAGCUGUAAGAUUGUACCGGAUGAACAUGGGUGGCUGUUCCCGGACCUCUUGUCCUCCCCCAAGCCCUGGGAAGGGGGUGCGUGCAGCAGGCCUGGAGUCUGUGAAGCCGUUGUACAUGAUGGCCCUGGGUCUGCUUGUCAAGUACCCAGACUCCGCACUGGGACAGCUCCGCAUCGAGAGCACGCUGGACGGCAGUAGACUGUACAUCACAGGGAACGGGGUCCUCUUUCAGCAUGUCAGGAACUGGCUGGGGACUUGUCGGCUGCCUCUGACUGAGACUAUUUCCGAGGUGUACGAGCUUUGUGCCUUCCUGGACAAGAGGGACAUCACCUAUGAGCCAAUGAAAGUGGCCCUGAAGACUCAUCUGGAGCCGAGGACUCUGGCACCCGUGGAUGUGCUCAAUGAGGAGUGGACAGCAGAAAUCACCGUGUAUUCCCCCCAACAGAUCAUCAAAGUUUACGUCGGAAGCCACUGGUAUGCAACCACCCUGCAGACCUUGCUGAAGUAUCCAGAACUUCUGUGCAACCCUCAAAGAGUGUACUGGAUCACUUACGGGCAGACCCUGCUGAUCCACGGGGAUGGCCAAAUGUUCCGACACAUUCUCAACUUCCUGAGACUUGGAAAACUGUUUUUACCAUCUGAAUUUAAGGAAUGGCCCCUAUUCUGCCAGGAGGUAGAGGAAUACCACAUCCCAUCCCUCUCAGAAGCUCUUGCCCAAUGUGAGGCAUACAAGUCAUGGACCCAGGAGAAAGAAUCUGAAAAUGAAGAAGCUUUUCCCAUCAGGAGGCUGCAUGUGGUGACGGAAGGGCCAGGGUCACUGGUGCAGUUCAGUAGAGACGCCAAAGAAACCACAGCCUGCAUGCCUGUAGACUUCCAAGACUGCAAUGACAGGACCCCAUGGAACAAGGCCAAGGGGACCCUGGCCAGAUCCAGCCAGAUGGAGGAGUCUGAGCAGUACUCCCAGACCAUCCAGGUGUCUCUGUGCCGAGGUGCCAAGAGGGCGGGCAAUCCCAGCACAUACUCCCACUGUCCUGGCCUAUGUGCCAACCCUAGAUACUGGGGGGCCCACCCUGAGAGUCCUCCCAAGAAGAAAUGCACCACAGUCAACCUCACACAGAAACCUGAAACCAAAGACCCUCCUGUCACCCCCAUGCAAAAACUCAUCUCCCUGGUGAGGGAAUGGGACAUGGUCAAUUGCAAACAGUGGGAAUUCCAGCCACUGCCAGUCCCCCGGAGCAGCUCCAUGGAGGAGGCUACCCUGCAGCUCCCUUUGGGAAGUGAGGCUCCUUCCCAGCCCAGCACCUCAGCUUCCUGGAAAGGCCAUUCCACAGGCUCAGAGAAGGACCUGGGCGCACAGGCAGGGGCUGGAGCUGGAGCCAAAGACAAGUGGCCAGAGCCAACCUUUAAGCCGUACUUCCCUGUGAAAAGAGCUGUCACACUGAAGGACUGGGGCAAGCAGAAGCCAAGAGAGAAAGAAAGCCCUGGCCCUGAGCAGCCUCUGCCUGAGGCCAGUGAGGUAGAUAAUGCAGGGGUCAUCCUCAAAGUGGCCCAUCCCCCCGUGGUGGGCAGCGAUGGCUCCUGCAUGUUCUUUGAGGACAGCAUCAUCUACACCACACAGAUGGACAACCUCAGGCAUACACUGACUACAGCUAGCCCCCAGCCCAGAGAGGUGACUUUCCUGAGUUUCUCUCUAUCCUGGGAAGAGAUGUUUUAUGCACAAAAAUGUCACCGCUUCCUGACUGACAUCAUCCUGGAUUCCAUCAGGCAAAAGGACCCCAAAGCCAUGACAGCCAAGGUGGUCUCCCUGACCAACCAGCUGUGGACCCUGCACAUCAGCCCCAAGCAGUUUGUGGUGGAUUUGCUGGCCAUCACCGGCUUCAAGGAUGACCGACACACCCAGGAACGCCUGUACAGCUGGGUGGAGGUGAGGGCCACCUGUACCCCACUGGGAAUGCUGACCCUGUGGACACCUCAAAUGGACACUGUCUUGCUGCAUGAGGGCCAUGCAGCACUGCCCAGAAGGCAAGGCAGGCAGCUAACCUCUGGUCCCUGGUCCCAAGGAGGGAGAAACAAUGGCUGAAAUUAACAGUCCAGAGUCAUCAAAAAGCAGUAUUCGGGCCACUGGUUUUUGUAGUUUUCCUGCAAUGGUUACCAAUUUUGGUAACCACCCCUGGCCAUGCUUGGGAAGCACAUCACAUGAGCCCAAGUUAUUGGGGUGCUGAAACCAGAGAAAUUAUUAGGACUCAGACCUUUUUGACGGGUGAUACCAAUUUCACCUACUUUGCUCUAUCAUCACUUUAGCAUAUUCCUUUCAUAUACAAGCUGCUUUAAAGCAUUCUUUACCAAAAAAAUGUUCAAUAAGGUCAAAGGAAUGACCCAUUUUUUUUUGUUUUUUGAUUCCUUAAAAUAAUUUUAGGGUUUUAAGUUUGUAUUUUAACAUUGUAGGUGAAAAAGAUUUAGCUAAUUUCUCCUUAAUCUGGUAUUUCUGUAGUCAAGUACAUUAUUAUACUUUUCACCCUAAACACACUGGUUCCCAGUUACUAUUAGGCCUCUGGCUGGUCUGUCGAUUGAAAGGUGAGGUCAGCAUCUACAGCUAGAAAAUGGAAAACCAGUGGCCCGAAACAUACAUUUUUGACCCUCUGGUCAUUGUGGUAGCCGCUUCUAGCCACAGCCUUGUGAGAGGCCUUUGGGCAGAACUGAGCCCGAGAGCA